GUUGGAAGGCUACCCGGCAUUUGUGAAAGUGAUAUAGUGUUUAUGUUAUAACUGAAAAUUAAAAACUUUUGAAAUGGUAGAAGAUACUAGUACCAAUUUAACCGAAGAUGAAACAGAACUUUAUGAUCGUCAGAUUAGACUUUGGGGCAUUGAAUCCCAACAGAGGUUGCGUAAUGCAAGAGUUCUUGUUAUUGGAUUGGAUGGUCUUGGAGCAGAAAUAGUUAAGAACCUUGUCUUAUCUGGUGUCAAGUCGGUAUUGAUGCUAGACGAUAAAGAAUCCAUACCUCAGGAUACCAGCAGCCAGUUUCUGAUCCCUGUAGACAAAGUUGGACAAAAUAGGGCAGAAGCUAGUUGCCAAAGGGCACAAAAUCUAAAUCCCUUGGUGUCAGUUCAGGCCGAUACUCAUAAUGUUUCUGAAAAAUCUGACGAUUUCUUUCAUGACUUUGAAGUAGUCGUUAGCUGUAGUCAAGACCUUGCUCAGAAUAUCAGGCUUGAUAAUAUAUGUAGAAGUCGAGGCAUAGCUUUUAUUGCUGCUGGUGUUUACGGAACAUUUGGAUAUAUUUUCUAUGAUUACUUGGAACAUACCUAUUCAGUAGAAUAUAGCAGUGGGAAAAAGGGAGCUGAAGUGAAAACAAAGAUUGAAACGACUUCUUACCCUUCAAUGGAGUCUGUUUUCAAUAUCAACCUUAGUGACCCGGAAGUGAUAAAGAGUUUCAUUAGGCCUCCUCCUGCUUUCUUUAUUCUAAAAACUCUAUAUAAAUUUCGAGAAGAAUUCAAAAGAGAUCCUACUGACAGUGAAGAAGACUUUAAGGCAUUAUUGAAAUAUCGAGAUACACUUUUGGACGGAGUAGAUUAUCCUAAAGAAAAUAUCCCUGAUGUAGCUUUCAGGUGCGUAGCUGUUGGGCAGUUGAGCCCAUGCUGUGCCAUAAUCGGAGCCGUGGUCAGCCAAGAAGUGAUCAAAGUGGUCUCUAAAAAAGACGAACCUCAUAAAAACUUCUUCUUCUUUAACCCAUUCAAUCUGAGUGGCUUUAUACAAUCCAUUGUUCCAUCCUGAAUUUAUUACUGAUAAUAAUGUCUUUUUAUUAAGAUUGUUAAUAAUUUUUAUUAUUUCAAGUACCCUUUGUACACAAUAUUUUAUUUAUAUUACUAUUUUUGUAAUGUUCAAUAAAAACAUUUUUAUUAAAGAACACAUUUCAGUUCUUAUUUUUUUUUAUUAAAAAGUACUGUACUCACUUGAAAAUUGUUGGCAUGAAGUAUUGUUUGCAAUAAAUAAAAUUUAUAGAAAAUUGUAUACAUAUCAAAAUGUAUAAAUGAUAUUCUCCUAAACAGUAAUUAUCAUAGCUAUUUACUUAAAUUCGCAAAAUUAGUAUUCUUAAAGUGUAUGGGGUUAUAAAUAAAUGAUUAAAAGCUUUGUGUGCUGAAGUAUAAAUGUAUACAAUCAACUUCAUUCAGCUGGAAAGCCCAAAAAGACAUUCUUCUCGUACAACAUGUAAAUUGAUUCUUAUGUUGAUUUUAUCCAUACAAUUAAUGUAGAUUCACAUUUAAUAUAUGACAUAUAGGAAUAUAUAAAUAAAUAAAAAUAUCUUUUAUCAGAUUUUUUUUU